UGUCUCCAACGGGACCCUCAAAUCAGACCAAAGAUCCCAGGACGCCAGGUUUGGCUACGCAAUGGCCGCCGCUCCGGACCUCAACCACGACGGAUUCACCGACCUGCUAGUGGGCGCCCCUUUGGAGGACGAGCACCGGGGGGCGGUUUACGUGUACCACGGCCAAAGCAUUUACAUCAUCCACAACUUCAAGCAGCGUAUCCCAGGGAUGUCCGUCUCCCCGUCCCUGCAGUACUUUGGCCGCAGCGUGAGCGCCAGGUUGGACUUGGACGGAGAUGGGUUGAUUGACUUGGCGGUCGGAGCCCACGGUAGCGCCGUGCUGCUCAGGUGAGACGGUUUGGAUCCUUCCAUUCUGUUUGAGGGGGUCUCUCUUAGUCUUAAAUAAAACCUGGAGAUCUGUCAGCCACAGAAGAAGUCCACAAGUGGACCAUAAU